AUGAAUGCCUCGUGUAAUUCUUUGGUUGGCGAAGAAAACAAGGAAGUCAAGAAACAAGCCAAGGAGUCCAGCAGCCAGGCUGAAGAGAAUGCCGAAAUCGUCGAUCCUACCCCGGACACAGCGAUACCUACCCCAGGGGAAGACACGAGCGACGCUGGGGCAGCCGACGCAAACAGCAUUGCGGAGAAGAUGCUGUUGAUGCAAAGGAUGGUACAGUUUGCGAAGGUUGUGAAGAAGAUGAAAGAGGGAUCUGAUGAAGAAAAGGAGGAGGCUCUUGAAGAGGCAAAGAAGAUGUUUCCACCUGAAGUUCUGAGCGCCAUUAGGACCAAGAUAGAUGAAGCAGCAAGUGACCUUGAAACAAAAAGUGACCUUGAAAAGGGUACCGAAAAGCCAGCCGAACACCCUCCAUUGCCCUCCCCUGUGAGAGAGAGGCUUCGACAGUCUGGACGGCUGCACCCGGAGACCAAAAAGGACAAACAUUCCAGCGACGAGGAGAACACAGAAAGCUCUGAAAACCACGGACGAGCAAAAGAAACAGCAAAAGGACCAGAAUCACCGAAAAUAAUACUCCAGUCAGGUGAGAAAGACGAGGCCACCAAGAUUGUUGCCAACAGUGAAGGUCCUGCGGGUGCUUUAGCGGCGAUUAUGAAGGCCAUGGCGCUCGCAAAGGAGCGUCAGGCAAGUGUGACUGGUGCAGAAGUGGAGAAAAAGGCGUCCAAGGCAUCGGAAGAGAUGAAAAGGGCUUUGACAACAAAUAAUGGUGAGAGGGAACGCCAAGUCCUAGACGCGAUAAAGCAUGCUAUGAAUGCGGCAAAAGGGCUUGAAGAGACUUCUGACAACGCAAAAGCCUCCAAAAACAACGAUAAAGAACGCAUAGAGGUUAACAAGAAAGAUUCUGCUCAGAAAGCUGCCAUCCAAGAGGAGUCGACAUCUUCUAACAAGGAAGAUGCUGCAAUAGCUUUAGCAGAAGCGAUAAAGAAGCAAGUGGCAAUCGCAAAACGGGCACAAGGUACUCCAACCAGUCCAGAGGCUAAGAACCAACAGGUGGCUCUCGCACCUGAAAAUGAAGAAAGGAAACUUGAAGUUAUAGAAGCGAUAAAGCAUGCUAUGGAGGCCGCUGAAGGGCUUGAGGAACAUACUGUUAGUGUAGAAGAAGAUGCUCAGGUGCCUACAUCGUUGGACGCUGUAGACCUGUCUGCAACGUCCGAAAACAAAGAGGAGGAACGCGAAGAGAUCACCAAGGACGACUCUACGCCAACUUCUACAAUCGCACAAGACCUGGCCUCUCCAAGCCAAGACGGCGAGCUAGGUUCUGAUGGCAACGUCUUUAAUGUUCUGCAGCAAGUCAAUGCGUUACGUAAUCUUAAGCACAUGGCUAUUGAUGGAUCAAGUAAGGGCGAAGGACAAGUUACCCAGAAAGAAAGAAAAAUUUCGGGGGGCACAGACAGUGUUAACGGCAUUGUCGACAGCGAGCGGCUGAUUGAAACAUUGGAUGAGCCACUAAAGAGUCAUAGUAAGGCGGAAAAGACGAACAAGAUUCUAGAAACCAUGGCAGAAUUUAAAGCAGGCGCUGGAAACCAGAACCAGCUGCUACAGUCCAAGGAAGAGACCACGAAAACGGAACAGAAAUCAGAGAACAAGGACUUCGGAAAUCGAUCUGACGAAGGGGAAGACACCGACAGCGCUGAGGCAAACGAAAACAUCAACGUGGUGGUGUCUGAAAGCAAAAGCCAAGCCGAGCUGGCAAUGGAGGCUAUAGCAAAGCUACGUCGCGAAGUGGAAGAACGAGCGCACGCACGGGAAAAGCACAACUUUACUCCUGAAACAACUCAAGCUGCCGAAGGGGAAGACACAAACGACGCUGAGGCAAGCGACAGUGUUAGUGUUUCGGAAUCUGGAGGUAAAGGCCAAGCCGAGCUGGCAAUGGAGGCUAUAGCAAAGCUUCGUCGUGAAGUCGAAGAAAGAGCGCAGGCAAAGGAGCAGGACAAUCAUACACCUCGAACAGCACAAGCUGCCCAACAGGAAGACAAGAAUGACGCUGAGCCAGAGGCAAAUGAAAACAUCGGUGUUUCGGAAUCUGGAAGCAAAAGCCAAGCCGAGCUGGCAAUGGAGGCUAUAGCAAAGCUUCGUCGCGAAGUCGAAGAACGAGCGCACGCACGGGAAAAGGACAAUCUUCCUCAAGCACAGUCACCAGAUACAGCACAAGCUGUCCCACAGGAAGACAGGGAUGACGUAGGGGCAGCGGAGGCAAACAGCAUCGCGAGGAGGGUCCAGCUGAUGCAGAGGAUGCUGCAGGUCGCGAAGGUGGUGAAGAAGAUGAAGGGGGGAUCUGAAGAAGAAAAAGAGGAGGCUCUUGAAGAAGCAAAGGAGAUGGUUCCACCGGAAUUUCUUAGUGUCAUUAGGGCCAAGAUAGCUGAAGAGACUGUUGAAGAGGCAGGUAAACACUUGCAGAACGACGAUAAAAGUGAUCUGAAGAAGGAAGAAACUUUCGACGUAGCACAGACAACUGGUGACAUGGAUGGAAAUCAGGGCACGUCAGGGUCUGUGGAAGAUAUACUAGUAGAUGAACAAGGGAGUGAAAGGGAGACUGGAGAAACUAUAAAAGAAGACGACGAUAGACCUCAGUUUAAGACUCAAAAGCCUGUCGAAAAUCUGAACUUGGCAGUGGUAGAGCCUGGGCACCCAGUGGACGAAAUCAAAAAGGAUAAGUCUGUGAAAGAGUCAGGGAAAGAAAAUGAAGACGGCGCGUCAGGAACUGUGGAAGACAUAGAUGAAGAAAGUAACGGAAUGGAGGCUGCUGGAGAAAAUAUAGAAGAAGACGAUGGACCGCAGUUUAUAAUUAAGAAUCCAAAGCCUGUCGAAAAUCUGAACCUGGCAGUUGCGGAGCCUGAGGAUCAAGUGGACGAAAUCAAGAAAGAAGAGCAGAUUUUUAAGGAGUCCGAAGACAACCAAGACGACCUAGACAACACGGGAAGUGAGGAAGAAGACAAGGCACCCCAUCCCGAAAAUCUGCUGUCAGAAAAUCCUGACGACGAGACGGUGACCAAACUUGAAAAGAUAAAACCUGCGAUAAUUCGUUUGCAAGGAUUAGAAGAAGAUGACGACAAAAAGGAGCGUGAGAAUGCGGAAAGGGGAGAAGGCACCAAGGUCAAACCUGUCAGGCAAACGCUCUCCCAGAAAGCUGCUGCCGCGGAGAAGGCUAAACGUAAGGCCGUUAUCGCGGCCGCCAUCGCCCAUGCCCAGUCCCACCUGAAAGCUCACGGUGUCAAAGUGCCAGGUCAGGCUAACGAAAAGCCAGACGGCGAAAAACAUCAUGUAGAAGAUGCAACCAGUGUGAAGAAGACAUCUUAUUACCUUUCUGCAGAGGGAAAGCUGAGGAGUUCCAAAGAAGUCUUUGAGGAAGAUCAUCAUCAUGUUAAGGAAGAUAAGAAACCAAAAGUGCUCAUCGUCAAGAACAACCCACUCUCAGAUGGAGGUGCUGAGGCUUCCGAAGAAGACCUUGAAGAAAGGAACAGUGGAGAUAAGGGAUCGCAAGGUGACAAGACGGGGAGGCCAAGAGAGGCCAUCAGAGAAACGGAGGAGAGCAAGCGCUUGAAACCAGCUUCGCCUUUUCUGAAUGGCGCUUUUAUGAAGGAAAGUGUAGCCCGACAAGGGAGUGCAGACAAAGAACAGCCACGCAGUACCGAGAAAACAUCCAAAAGGCCUCCUUACUUCCUUUCCAAUGAAAGAGAACUGAAGAGCUCGAAAGAACUCCUUGAAAAUGACGCCAAAGAAGAAGUCCGAAGCGUCGGGAACGAAGAGAUGAAGAUAGCUCGGCCUCUGACGAAGUCUGUUGCCCGAAUGACCAAGGUCGGCGACAAAUCCGACAAAACGUUCUCCAACCUCCUUACAAAAGGUGGCAAGAUCAAGAUCACCAAGGAAGUUCUUCCGGAAGAUAAGAAGCUGGGGAAAAAAGAUGACAAGAAGAAGCUGACUGGCCUGUCCCUGAAGAACACCAAGCUCGACAAACCUGACAACGAAACAGGCAAGAAGAAGUCUGCAAAACCAACGACUCUCUUCGGCGAAGCUGUCAAAGCAGGGAAGCACCGAAAUCUCGCCAAACUGCGCGAGAUGGCCAUGGCCAUGGCCAAGCGCCGCCCAAUGAAACGGCGUCGCACUUAG